GUGACUUCAUCUUGUGUUCUGCCGUGAUCGACCAGCGUCGAAGAUGGAUCCAACAAAGCCGCUCGUCGUCGACAACGGUACCGGUUUCGUCAAAGUGGGCUACGCCGGCUCCAACUUCCCCGAGCAUGUAUUCCCAUCGCUGGUUGGUCGCCCCAUCUUGCGCGCGGAGGAGCGUGUCGGGAGCGCCGUGAUCAAGGACAUCAUGGUCGGCGACGAGGCUGCCGAGAACCGCAACUACCUCCAGGUUACGCAGCCGAUGGAGCAUGGCAUCGUUCGCAACUGGGAGGACAUGAAGCAUCUGUGGGACUACACUUUCUACGAGAAGCUUAAGGUGGACCCUGCAGGCAAGAAGGUUCUGUUGACGGAGCCGCCGAUGAACCCCAAGGUUAACCGGCAACGCAUGUGUCAAGUCAUGUUCGAGGAAUACGGAUUCCAGGGAGUUUACGUCGCGAUCCAGGCCGUGCUCACCCUCUACGCGCAAGGUCUGACGACUGGUGUUGUGGUCGACUCCGGUGAUGGCGUGACACACAUUGUCCCCGUAUACGACGGGUUCGCAUUACCCCAUUUGACUCGUCGUCUGGAUAUCGCCGGUCGAGAUGUUACUCGAUACUUGAUUAAACUUCUCCUUAUGCGAGGAUACGCCUUCAAUCGAACCGCCGACUUCGAAACGGUACGAGAGAUCAAGGAAAAACUCUGCUAUGUCAGCUAUGACCUUGACCUCGACACUCGCCUGUCGGAAGAGACAACGGUGCUGGUCGAGAGUUAUACGCUUCCCGAUGGCCGGACAAUCAAAGUCGGCUCAGAGCGCUUUGAGGCCCCUGAAUGCAUGUUCCAACCCCACCUUGUGGACAUUGAACAACCGGGUGUGGCAGAAAUGCUCUUCCAAACCAUCCAGGCGGCAGCCGUCGACAUUCGCUCCGAGCUUUACAAACACAUCGUUCUCUCCGGUGGUUCGAGCAUGUAUCCCGGUCUGCCCAGUCGACUUGAGAAAGAGAUGAAGCAACUCUACCUGACUCGGGUACUAAACGGGAACCCCGAGCGGCUAAAAAACUUCAAGAUCCGCAUCGAAGACCCGCCGCGUCGGAAGCACAUGGUCUUCCUCGGCGGCGCCGUCCUCGCCGACAUCAUGAAGAAUCGUGAGGAAUUCUGGAUUUCCCGCGAAGAAUGGUACGAACAGGGCGCGCGGGCACUGGAUAAGCUGGGACGCGGCGAGAGCUAGAUGCAUCGUGCGAGAAGUAGGGUUACUUAUACGUAUCGUUGGAAGAGGUGUGCGGUGCUGAGUCUGCAAUGUAAUGUACGAUGGAACACUUGUCAGCACCCUGUGAGAUGUCCGAGUCCGCAUUGGGUGAACGGCAUCCACGGUACAUAUGUAUCGC